GAUAUGCUGCUGCGGUGUGUGCGGUGGCCAACAGACGGGACUGCGUAACGAACCCGUCACGACGGUCGUCGUCCCAUCUCGUACCAUGACGCCCGCGGCAUUCGUGCUGGCCUUCGUCGUCUGCGCCACGACCGUCGGCUGUCACGAUAUAGACAUGCCGGCAAACGAAAUGGCCAAGAGAUCUUAUCAGAGUUACUCGCCUUACAACGGUACGACACAAUACUAUUUUGAUGAAAUCGACGACUUGGACGACAUCACGGAUUCCGACGAAGAUGACUCGAAAAACGAAGACGACGACCUCAUGUACAAGAACCCGAGAAAAUUGCCUUCGUCCGAAUGUCCCAGAAACGAGCAACAAGCAUCGUUUAUGGGCCAAGAAUGCCUCAGAAAAUGUGCAUCGGAUGAAGACUGUAAAAGCAAGAAGAAACAUUGUCUUUGCGACGGAAUUUGUGGAAUGUCUUGUGUGAAACCAGAAAGAGAAUGUGACGAACUUCCCCAUCCGGAACACGGCCAAGUCAUCAUGACAGGAAGACUUUUUAGCGACAAGGCCACGUACACCUGUGAGUUGGGAUACCAACUGAUCGGUCGAGAUCAUAGAAUAUGUCACGCUUCCGGUUCGUGGUCCGGUUCCAAUCCUUAUUGCAAACAGAGCGUGUUUUGCAAAUCUCCGCCGGUCAUUGAAAAUGCGGUAAACAACGCGUUCUCCGACCAACAGACUUUCGACGUCGGGUCCGAAGUUGAAUAUCAGUGCAAGGAUGGAUUUUCUAUGAGAGGAUUCGCCAAAGCUAAGUGUUUGGCUAUGGACAUAUCUGCCUCGUGGUACGGGCCCGAAAUCACAUGUGAACCAAGGACUUGUGGAUCUCCGCCUGUAAUCGCAAACGGAUGGCAUCAAGGCGAAUGCUCAGAUUUUGGCUGUCGGGUGUUCUACAAGUGUGCUGAUCAAUACGAACUAAUUGGGAAAUCGGAACGCCUUUGUCACUCUGACGGAUAUUGGGUGCCAAAAGAUCCACCGUCAUGCGUGCCGGUAGACUGCGGCCCUCCGGAGAACCCGUUCAACGGGAACGCGGUGUUUACAUCUACUUCUUACAAUUCAGUUGUAUCUUACGAGUGCAAGUUCGGCAGCUUGUUGACUGGAGAGCCGACCAGAAGAUGUGGUGCGGACGGCAAAUGGUCAGGCACUACGCCAACAUGUCAAGAGAUAGAUUGCGGAUCUCCGGGAGAGCUGCAUAACGGUUGGCUAGAGAACACCGAGAGCGGAACUGGCCUAGGGGCGACCAUUAUUUAUCGGUGUCAAGACGGAAUGCUUCUUGUAGGGAACUCUUCGACGGUUUGCCUUGCCGACGGGAAUUGGCGUUAUCCACCACCACUAUGCUUAGCUCCCUGUGUCGUACCAGUCAUCCAACAUGGCGGCGUGAACAUAAGCUUGCCGAACGGUACCAUUCCCGUUCAUCGGAAACCGGGUUUUCCUGUUUUGGCCAAACACGGCGAUAAGCUGAUUGUGAAAUGUGACGAAAAAUACGAACCAGAAGGCGGAAACAGCACUCUCGCGGCGUGUAACAACGGCACUUGGACGUUUAUACCGAAAUGCGAACCAGCGCAUUGCAAGCGUCUACCAAAGAUUCCAAAAAACGGAAUAGUCUUGGCACCGUACCUAGAACACGGUUCCAAAGCAAAAUUUGCAUGCAAAGACGGGUACGUGAUGAAUGGAAGCCAUAUCACAGAAUGCCAGUACGGAAAUUGGUCCGGAAAAACUCCAAAAUGCGAAGAAGUCUAUUGCCCUUUUCCUGGUUAUAUACAGCACGGUAAAGUCUUACUAGUAGGCAGCAUGGGCGUUUAUGAUUAUAGACCGUACGUGAAAAAGGUUAAAAACAACAAGCAGAUUGUAUUCGAAUGCGACAAAGAAUAUACACUUGAAACAGGACCAGUGGGCGCGACGUGCAUUGACGGAAAGUGGUGUCCCGAAAUUUUGCCAAAAUGUAUGCCGUUGAUUCAUCCAAAGCUAAGGCUAAGUAGAUCUAUUAAAAACGAUACCGAAUGCAAUGAUGACGAACCAGCAACCGAAGAAACCAACUAUUCCUUGAUAACAAAUGCCAUAGAGACUAUCAAAAGCUGGUGGACAAGAAGCAAACGUGCGCUUUCGGCACAAAACCAACAGGUCAUGAAAGCAAAACAGACAUCUAAUAAAGACCAGGCAGCUAAAAGUCCAGGUGCCGGGAGAUCUAGAGGUCGCGAAUCAGGAGAUACCAUUUUCAAGGAUUAUGACGGCGAAGAAGUUAACGCAACGGUAACGGCAACGGGAGAAAAAAAUAUCCACAAAAUUUCUAAAGGAAAAGGCAAACACCUCAAACGAAAAGUUGGCCCUUGUGAACCGUUAUCCAACAAUACAUUUACAUCGUUUGAAGUUUUAAAGUUAGGAAAACAUGGAAAUGUGACGCAUUCACACGGUACUAUUAUCAAAGUAACGUGCAAAGAUGGAUACCAUUCAAAUGUUAUCAACAAUACAGCAAAAUGUUGGAGGACGCACUGGAAGCCUGCAAAACCAGAUUGCAAACUCAAACCUUGUUUGAUUCCUUACCCGGGAAACGGAUACUAUAGUAAAGUUGAACCCACAUACGUCAAUGUAUCCGAGAAUGCAGAAAUCGUAAACGGAGAAGUGUUGGUGGUAACAUGUCUUCAGGGAUUCAACUUGAAAGGUCCGUCUAGGAUUACUUGCAUGAAAGGCGAAUGGGAUGUUGGCAGUGCUAUUCCUGAAUGCACACCCGCUCCAUGCGAACUGCCGGCAAUAAAUCACGGACAAUAUUUACUGGGAUACAGAGCUGGUCUUACAAUAGCUAACGGUUCAUUCGUGACAUUCCAAUGCGAUCCAGAAUUCAUAAAGACUACAUCUGUUUCCAUAGAAUGCGUGUUGGGUCGUUUGGUCCCCAAGUUGCCUUCUUGCAAAAGAGACGGCGGACUAUUCAUAACCGGUGCCGAUAUUCUAAAAAAAAGCGAAUUGGGCACGAUUGACCUCUUGUCUGGACUUCGAGGAUCGUGUGGACCCCCCGAAUCCGUUCAAGGUUCAUUAGUUUUCAGAAAUGGCGAAUUACUAAAAGAAGCUGAAAAAAGUUUUCCGGACGGAACUGAAAUAACGUUUAACUGCAUUGGGAAUAUAAUUGGUGAAAAAGUUACAUGGCGAAUAAGAUGCGAAGACGGAAACUGGAUCGGGAGACCAUUGAAUUGCAUUCCGACAAAACCAGUUGAAGAAACCAAUUCGACAUCAGACAAUACGACUUGUAUGUUUAGAAACAGUGAGCCGAAUGUCAUAACGUUUAUCGGAGACUCUAUGAUUACCAACGAAUUGACAGAAUUCAACGCUGGAACCGUUUUGGUGUCUAGAUGCUCCGACAUCGGAAAGUAUGCAAUGGAAGGAUCAAACAAACGAGUCUGCAUCAAUGGCGAAUGGUCUGGCCAACGUCCAGUUUGCUUUGGUUUGAACCAGGAAAACGAUUAUGCGUUGGAAAAACCACCAACCAUACUAUUCCGGCAUCAGUUGGGUCCUAUAGCUCAAAGCAAUGAAGGAAAACUAGUCGUGUACCCGGGAACGAUAUUGCACAUGGAGUGUUUAUGGAUAAAGCGUUUCGGUACUCCAAAAUGGAAUAUCAGCCAUUCAUUUCGAAAGUAUCCCGAGGGUUGGACAACUGAUCCCGGACGAGAUCCUGAUCUCGAGUACCGUUUAAGCAUUUACCAUGCGAGCAGAGACGAUUCAGGCGUGUUUUCGUGUAUUACUCCAACUAGGCACAUGCAUUCCGUCGAAAUAAUAGUGAAAGCCGUGCACUGUCCGUCUAUACCGUUGAAACGGAGUUUGACCAUCAGCACUCAAAAUACAAAGCUCAAUGCGCGCGUAAAGUUUACUUGCGCUAAAGGGAACAACUUAAUGGGCGCCUCAGAAGUAGUUUGUCUGCCUUCGGGAAACUGGAGUGAUCCCAUUCCGUCGUGUGAGAUAAUUGAAUGCGAUGAAAUCGAAAACCUAACCGACCCUAAUUUGCGGGUGGCCGUACUUAGCCGGCAGGUCGGCGGGGAAAUCAUGUUUAGCUGCAUGCAAGGAUUUGGACUGACCGGCCCGACACAUUCCAUCUGCCUACCGACCGGAGAAUGGGAACAACCGUUUCCGACAUGCGCAGCUGUCACUUGCCCUUGGCCAGGAGACCCGCCGCAUGGUUACUUGGCCGUCACACAAAACUCCUACAGACCGGGCGAACGAGUAUCCGUCAACUGCGAACCGUACUACGUGCUGGACGGUCAACCGAAUCUGAUUUGCCAAGAUGACGGCAACUGGUCAGCGCCACUGCCAACUUGUGUUCAAGCCUGUCCGUACCCGGGCACGGUCAUCCGCGGUCGAAUGUCCACGGUUAAGUUCUACUACGCCAUCGGAGACGUCAUCACGUUCAGCUGCGACGACAACUUUCACCUUAAAGGCGCUUCAGUGUUGAAAUGCUUAAAGUAUGGCAAAUGGUCCAAUUCUAUACCGACUUGCGUGCACAAGAACGAAACGUUGCUGGCGGUUUAACUUUAGAUCUGCCGUCGUAAAAUAUAUUCACUAUUGUCUUAUAGGAUCUCCUGGUAACUGUUAACUUCCUCGUCGUCUAGACAAGUAUAUACCGUAGUAUCGACAAUAAUACUAGGUUCAGUAUCUAGAUUAUAUCAUUUCAAUAAUAUUAUAAAAAAUUAUUGGCGAGAUAUUAAUAUGAAUAAUAUACAAUGUUAGUGUAUUA